CUGCCUGUCACAUCUGCUGAGAACCCCAGUCUAGCUCACUGCCCCAGGCAUGUUGCGGGCCCUAGUGCUGCUUUUGGUUUUCCUGGCUCUUGUCACUCCGGUAUCUUCCAAUGCGAAAGGGGCCCAGAUGUCAGUCACUAGUAAGACUUGGGAAACUGCUUCUUUCACUUGCGAUCUUACACAAGAUGCCACAUAUAUCCACCUGUACAAACAACAGGAGGGGAUGGCUCCCCGACGCCUUUUCUACUACGAUGUCUACUACUCCAAGAUUGAGUUCGAAUCAGGAACCAAUAAAGCAAAAUACAGUGUUUAUAAAAGCUCAGGAAGGAGCUAUAGAUUUGCAGUCCUAAAUCUGGAACACAGUGAUUCUGGCAUGUACUACUGUGCUGUCUGGGAUAAGCACCCUGAAUCACUGUGCAAUAAUUACGUAAAAAACUUCAAUGUUGGAACAAAACUUGUCGUCACAGAUAGAAACCUUGCUACAGACAUUUCACCCAAGCCCACUAUUUUUCUUCCUUCAAUUGCUGAAAUCAACCACAGUAAGACUGGAACAUAUCUUUGUCUUCUGGAGAAAUUUUUCCCUGAUAUUAUUGAGGUUUACUGGAAAGAAAAGGAUGGCAACAGAGCUCUGCCAUCCCAGAAGGGAAAUACCAUGAAGACCACUGACACAUACAUGAAGUUCAGCUGGCUGACUGUGGCUGAAAAGUCCAUGGAUAAAGAACAUAUAUGUGUCGUCAAACACGAGAGAAAUAUAGGAGGAAUUAAUCAAGAGAUUCUUUUUCCUUCAAUAAAUGAAGUUGUCAGCUCAAUUGUCCCUACCACUGAGUCUCCCAGUGACUGUUUAAACCAUGAAAGCGAAGUUAUCGGUACUGGUUCUAAAAAAGCUUGUCUGAAAGAUGAAAGUGAAGUCACUGCUGAUCAUAAUUCUACAAAAGUGUGUCUGAAAGAUGAAAGCACAUAUAUUUCUUGCAAAGCGUCAAAGACAAAUAAGUGCAAUUAUCCUAUAACAUCACAGCCAUGAUGGUAGACAUUCAAGACAGACAGGUGAGUGAGGCAUGAGCUCCUGAUGUUUCAGGAAUUUUGGACUAAAGACCUUCUUCCAUUUGAUAAAAUGUCCUCUUUACCAAAACCUUCUGCCCACUACACUGUAUCACAACCAGAUUUCCAUGACUUGUAUCCUUCUUAGGAACCUCAUUGAUGCACAACAUGUAAUGACUCAGAUCCUCCCAAAUCAGCAAUUCGACUUGAUAUUUAUGCUUAACUUUGAUGUCUGGUGUGUCAAUUGCACGUGGAGUUGCAGGAUUAGAGAGCAGCUAAGAAUGUUCUUCAAAGUCAUGUUGCUGGGAUUGAAAUGUGGUUUCUGGUACUUUCUAAACGUGUGACCUCAGGCAAAUUAUUUUUCUCUGUUCUCAGUUUCUUGUAAAAUGUGAUUGAAAAUAAUAAUCUCAUGCUCUGCUGUGCUUAGUCAUUCAAUCAUGUUCCAACUCUU